CUGCUGCUGCUGCCGCUGUCACCCGCCGUGCCCCAGCACAUGUCCAGUCUCCGCGGGAGCCACGGGCGCCCCAGCACCACCUCUGGUACCAGGCCCUGCUGCCCCCUAGCCCGCUCUCGACGGCAGGAUGCUGUGCUUCCUCAAAGGGAUGGCUUUUGUCCCCUUCCUCCUGGUAACCUGGUCGUCCGCUGCCUUCAUCAUCUCCUAUGUGAUCGCCGUGCUCUUUGGACACGUCAACCCCUUCCUUCCGUACAUCAGUGACACAGGAACAACCCCUCCUGAGAGUGGUAUCUUUGGAUUCAUGAUCAACUUUUCCGCAUUUCUUGGUGCAGCCACUAUGUACACAAGAUAUAAAAUUGUGGAGAAGCAAAAUCAAACUUCUUAUUUCAGUAGUCCGAUUUUUAACCUGGUGUCAUUAGUCCUUGGAUUGGUGGGCUGUAUUGGAAUGGGCAUUGUAGCCAAUUUUCAGGAAUUGACUGUUCCCGUGGUCCAUGAUGGAGGUGCUCUGUUGGCUUUUGUCUGUGGCGUCAUGUACACCCUCCUUCAGUCCGUCAUCUCUUACAAGUCGUGUCCGCAGUGGAACAGGCCUUCGACCUGCCACAUAAGGAUGGCUAUCUCCGCCGUGUCCUGUGCUGCUGUCAUUCCCAUGAUUGCCUGUGCGUCACUAAUUUCUAUAACAAAACUGGAAUGGAAUCCAAAUGAAAAGGAUUACAUGUAUCAUGUAGUGAGUGCGAUCUGCGAGUGGACAGUGGCUUUUGGCUUCAUUUUCUACUUCCUGACUUUCAUCCAAGAUUUUCAGAAUGUCACUCUAAAGAUAUCUACAGAAAUAAAUGACUUCUGAAGAAAGAAGAAGAUGCACUGACAAGAGUCAGUGCAUCUUGUGGACUUGGAUACCAGUCAAUGAUGCAGAGAAAUCGGGUUUCAACGUUGACCUGACGUUAGGACUCUGCAGCAAGUUUGACUUGAAUUCCUCUCCGAAAACCCCCAUAUUUGUACUAGUCCCCAAGGUAUGUUUCCAAACAGGCUUUAGGAAGUUGUAGAAAUAUUUUGUAUUUUUCUAAGAAGACAUUUAAAAGUAUAUAUACUAACAUAAAGUUGGUGCGUGGAAAAGAUUCCAUAUUUCAAAAAGUGAGAAUGCUUUAUUUUUGUACCAAUCCUAGGUGACUGUUGGCUUUUAAAUCUUUAUAACAGGGCAAAUGUUCCAUUCUUUUUGCUAAAAUUUUGUUUUUAAAGAAUGGUUUGCCCAAUUUUAUAGUGAGGGCAUUUAUAAAAUCCAGUUAAUCAUUGUAAUAUUUCCAAAUAUGUCAUACUUAUAGGUCAGUGGUCUCUAACUCAAAUAGAAAUGGAUACCUGUAGUUUGCAUGUUGACUUAGAAGACCACAAAUUAACAUUGUCUGUUUUGUAUUUUAUUUUUACUUACUUUGUGAAACAUUUCCCAACUUCAUUUUAGUUUGUUGGCGUCCAUCAGGGGUUUUGAGGCUAUGAGUUUGGACAGCUCUGCACUAAGGGACUCUUCAUGUUUUUAGAUAACAGAGUAAAAUGCUUCAGCGAGAGGUCCUGGUUCCAUGGGUAUUAACUUCAAGUGUUCUUCCAAAGCUAUAGUUCUGAAAUCCUAUGCAUUUUAGCAGGAGAUUUCAGCCUUUAGCUGUGCUAACAGUGGGGGGUUGCCAUGAGGCAGGUCUCAAUAUCCCAAGAAUCCUCCUCACCCAGGACAAAAAUGACUGUAUGACAAAAUUAGAAACUUAAAAUCUAAUUCACAAAUAAGCAACAUAGCUCAGUUAAGGUGUGAGGGGGAAAGAAGAAAAGGAACAAAGUGAAACUUUUCUUUGGAUUUUAUAUCCAGCACUUUUUGAAAUGAAUAUGGGAAGAAAAGAAUGGGAUUUCUAGUAACCAUAAAACUCUAGGAAAAAACUUACAUGGGAAAAGCAUUUAAAGCUUAAAAAAAAUUCAUUAUUUGCAGUGUGACCAGAGAUUCAAUCAGUACUUUUAUUUUACACUAGCAUUAUGUGUCCAUGCUCUUAGAUGAGGGACAGAAUGGAGGAAAAGGCAGAAGUUUUUUCCAAGGACACAUUUAUGUAGUCAUUGGUCUCUCUUGUUUGUGUGAUGCCCAGGAAGAAUGCCGUAGGAAAAAGGCUAAACAAAGAUCUACACAAAUCCAGCUGGCUCAGAAGUAUCACACACACACACACACACACACACACACACACACACACACGCACAUGCACUUAUACAUUCCUUUACCAAUUCUAUAUUUUCUUGACCUCCUCCAACCCAAAGGAAAUUUCAUUAGUGAAAAAACAGCCUCUAAGGUUGAUCAAGAGACCAUCAUGAAAAGGAUGAGCCCCAUUUAGCAUCCUUGGACACCCAGACUUGUGGAAAGAAGACCGAACUUCUGGUUUCUGCCAGUUAGCUGAGCUCUCAGGACACCCACCAAGGGCAACCCAAUCAGUUUUUGUUUUUUUUUUUAAUCUUGGUGGGAAUCAGGAAAAUGGUGAGUACAGAAUAGAUGCUCAAUAAAUACUUUGUUGAUUGAUGGGUUGGACGAAAUGACCUCUGAGGUCUUUUCUUACUCUGAGAUUGUAUGAUUAAUUGUUUGAUAUCACUCAGCUAAGGGAACUCAUUAGAUCCAGGUCAGGUAUUCCUGUAAAUCUUAAAUGACUGCCUUUGUCUCCCUCCAGAUGGGAACUGUAGCCAUUUCAGGAGCCAUUACAAUGAGCAAUAACAUGGUAGGAUCUCCAAAUGUCAUUGAAGUAUGGGAUGAACUCCUAGGUCAAGUUUUUCUUAUUAUGAUGAGAAAGAUGAACAAUAUACUGUAUUUAUAUGGGACCUACACUAAAGCUAAUUGUGAAGUACUGAGAUACUUUAUAAUGGGGUUUAACUCUUAAUUCAUUUUCAUUGUCUACUAGUUAGUUUUGAUAACCAACUAGAGUAUAUACUGUAUGUUUUACUUUAUGUACUGUAAACAUUUCAGUUUUGUGUGGGUUUCACCAUUUUGUGGCAACUCUCUCCAAUGCGGAAAGUUAUGGCAGAGCCUGAACUUCUGUGUGUUAUAUGGGCUAGACAAAAUCGCGCCUCUUGGCUUGGAAAACAGGCAAGGCCACAUGUCACUACUUCCAGACUGGGCAGUUCUGCUGAAUGUAACCCAAAGCUGGCCUUAUCCACACAUCUGUAUCAUUUUCAAUGCUCAUGAAGUUGUGUUUCUUUUUUUUAUACCUCAUGGCCUGAAGCAUUUAAAUAAAGGGAAUAUUCCUCUA